AAGCGCGUUUUCUUUGUGUCCCUGUUGACCUUUCUGCCCCUUUCUUCUCGCGCGCCGGCCUUGAAAUUAACUUCUCUUUUCUCUAGUCAAACCAAACGAAAUUUAGAGAAAGAGAGCACGAUGCUAUAAGGAUCCAAAGGCCUCUCCCCGCUUUCUCUCUCUCCAUCCUCCUUGAUUCCUCCUCCGAAGGUUCAGCGACUUUGAUCCCAAUUUUCUCUCGAUUUCAACAUCUUGAUCUUCAUCUUUGGUUUUUUUUGUGUUCUUUGAUGAAUAACAACGCUGCUGGUUCGAGCUCCGGCUCCGGGGACGCAUCACCGGCCCGGAGGAACUCCAAGCGUCCCAAGUAUUCUAAGUUUACUCAACAAGAGCUUCCGGCUUGCAAGCCUAUUCUUACGCCACAGUGGGUGAUCUCUGUUUUCACGCUUGUUGGCAUCAUCUUCGUCCCUAUUGGUGUUGCUGCGUUGCUUGCUUCGAAUGAUGUUGUUGAGAUUAUUGAUCGGUAUGAUGCUGAUUGUGUACCGCAAAACAUGACCAAUAAUAAGGUUGGAUACAUUCAGAAUGAUGCAAUCGACAAAACUUGUACCCGAACAAUCAAAGUGCCGAAGGAUAUGGAUCAGCCAAUUUAUGUGUACUAUCAGCUUGAUAACUUCUACCAAAACCAUAGGAGGUAUGUGAAAAGUCGCAAUGAUGGACAACUGCGGGAUAAAAGCAAAGAAAAUGACACAAGUGGCUGUGAUCCUGAAAAGACCACUUCUAAUGGCGUCCCAAUUGUUCCUUGUGGUCUCAUAGCAUGGAGUUUGUUCAAUGAUACGUAUAGUUUCACCCGUGGCAACAAAUCAUUGACUGUGAACAUGACGGACAUAUCCUGGAAGAGUGACAGAGACCAUAAAUUUGGAGAUGACGUCUUCCCCAAGAACUUCCAGAAUGGGAAUCUCACUGGUGGUAAAAAGCUCGAUGCAAACAAGCCGCUGAGUCAGCAGGAGGAUCUCAUUGUUUGGAUGCGAACUGCUGCUCUUCCCACAUUUAGGAAGUUGUAUGGGAGAAUUGAGGUGGAUCUCAAGGAGAAUGAUACCAUCACAGUGACACUGAAAAACUAUUACAACACCUACAGUUUUAGUGGCAAGAAGAAAUUGGUGCUGUCCACUACAAGCUGGCUUGGUGGAAAGAAUAAUUUUCUUGGCAUCGCAUAUCUUACUGUUGGUGGAUUAUGCUUUUUCUUAGCAACAACCUUCACUGUGGUAUACUUGGUAAAACCAAGAAAACUGGGAGACCCUUCUUAUCUGUCAUGGAAUAGAAACACUGGAGGCCGCUAACAAAUAGAUCUUUCUGAGUUACCAAAAGACAGGAUGCCUGUUUGUGUAUGUCUUCACAGAUUUACCUUGUUUUGCAUGUAUGAUUUGGGCCUAGUUCCUUGCCUAAGGUAGUUUGUUACUUUUUGGUUCUUUCGAGCUUGUUUUAUGUGGAAAAUAAAACUUGACUAAAUGCAUGUACAUUACAGCGUAAAAAUUGUACUAUUUACCCAAUAAUUUCAGGGGCAUUACUUUCAGCAAUCUAGGAAUAUUAACUUGUUUGUAACACUAUAAAUACCAGACCGGUACCGUGAGAUAAUCUGCUUGAGGAAUGCUUGGCCUGAAUUUAAUUGAUUUCA